UAGAGAUGGAACUCCAGUGUGCUGUCCAGAAAUACGCAUGGGGUGUUAGAGGGACGUCGAGUAGUGUGGCACAGCUUGCCAAGGCUGCCAAACCUGAGCUAGAAGUAGCUGAGGAUCAGCCGUUUGCAGAGUUGUGGAUGGGAACGCACCCCAGUGGUCCAGCUGUUAUAAAGGGUACUGGUGAGACUUUGGGAGACUACAUAAGCAAGCAUCCUGAUGUCUUAGGAUCACCUGUUAUCCAGAAGUUUGGCAAAUCUCUUCCUUAUCUGUUCAAGGUGCUAAGUGUAAACCAAGCUCUAUCCAUCCAAGCUCACCCAAACAAGAGUCAUGCUGAGCAACUGCACAAGGACCGCCCUGAUGUGUACAAGGAUCCGAACCAUAAGCCAGAAAUGACCAUUGCACUCACACCAUUCCAAGCUCUGUGUGGCUUUAGACCUGCAGAACAGAUUGUAAAGCAUUUAAAAGAGAUUCACGAGCUCAAGAAGGUGAUUGGAGAUGCAGCAGCUGAUGCAUUUAUUGAAAAUCCAACAGAGGAAAAUUUAAAAGCCUGUUUCUCAGCGAUGAUGAAUGCAUCUAAAGACACCAUUGCCUCUGCUCUUAGUGAAUUACUUCAGAGAUUCCCGGGAAUGGACUCAGGAAAAGGCAAAGAGCUUCUUAGGGAAUUGUUCCUCAGACUUCAUGAAAAAUAUCCUGGUGAUGUUGGCUGUUUCUCCAUAUACCUUCUGAAUUACCUGACCCUACAGCCUGGAGAGUCGAUGUUUCUUGGGCCUAAUAUCAUUCAUGCUUAUUUGCUGGGAGAUUGCAUUGAGUGUAUGGCGUGUUCAGACAAUGUUGUUCGAGCUGGACUGACCCCUAAAUACCAAGAUGUAGAAACAUUAGUGUCUAUGCUCGAAUAUGGAAUGGUUCCUGCUGAGUCCAGGAAGUUCCAAGGGUCAAAGGUCGACCAAUUUACGACCUUCUACAAUCCUCCAGUUCCAGAUUUUGCAGUUGAUAUGAUUGAGGUUCCAGCUGGUACAAAUGAAUUCACUCUGAGACAAGUGGAAAGUGCCAGUAUUCUCCUAGUAGUUGAGGGAGAAGCUGACAGUGUUGAGGUAUCGCCCCAACCUGUGGGAGACGUGCCGGUUGCAACAUCAGUGCAGCGAGGAUCUGUCUUAUUCCUGGCGGCUGGGCAGUCUUAUCACUAAAAUUCAAAGCAGGAUCGCGCUUCCUGGCCUUCCGUGCUGUUUGUGUUUUAUAGAAGUGCUAUUACACAGUUGUGCUUAUAGCAUUACUCAAAAUUGGUAAGAUAUUAAUACAGAUGUGCGAUGUUGAUGCACAUCUGUGUGAUUAACUAGUUUAUAGUUGUAGAUCUCUUAAUGUGUUCUCAGUUGACUUUGAAUGUUGGUCAUGGUUUUGGACUUAUGCAAUGGAAUGGUAUAUUUUUUGGUGCACGGGUGAUAAAAUAAUAGUAUUAAAGUAACAGCAGAAGGUGAAAAAGAGCCUAUAUUUAAGUAGUUUAAAAAGUAGUAUCAUUCAUGAAAAUAGUAUAGUGAGAAAAUUAAUUAUUAUGACCUUCAUCUGUAAAUUCACAAAUAUAUUGAGGUUAAGCCUUUUUUUCCACAUUGAGAGAAAAUAUUUCUUGUAAUGAGUGAGAUUCAAAUUUAAGUUUAAACAUUAUAUUCCUAUGUAUAUUUUCAUAUUCAUUAGAUUAUUUAUCUGUUAUAU